AUGCCCAAUAUUGCAAAUGCUUUAGUUGAGAAGCAGCGUUUCGAUUGCCAAACUCUCCAAAAUGAAUUAGUUUCAAUUAAUGAAAUGACAAAUAACUCUAACGCAAACAAUUCCUUGUUUAAUAUUGUUACUCAACCAGACAAUAUUGAAGAUGUUGCCUCACUUUUAGAGGCGUACUUUGAGGAAUUUUCUAAUCAAAGUACGACAACAUUUCAGACAAAUAAUUUACAGGAUUCUCAAAGAUCAGCUACUGUAAAAACAUUCGUUGAAAACGAACCAAUUACGAUAGCAAAUAACUUUUCGUUGAAAGAAGGUCCAUUAAACGAGCAUAAUUCUGAUAAUGAGGGCUUUAACAUUGAUGAACCUCUAGCAGAACCAAUAGAUUAUAAUUCAACGUCUGAACAACAAAAACAAAAAAAUGAAUGGUCUCUUAACAUAGGAGAACCAACAGAAUUGAUCAUCGUAAGGAAAUUCGCUAAAUCAUUUUCAAACGCAUUUGAACGUGAAAUUUCUGAAAUGCAAAGUGUUUCCUCAAGCUCUAAGAAACUCACUAAAUCUCAAUAUCGUGAAAUCGCAGAAAAGUGCAGCGUUCAAGAAUGUCUAAAACUGUCAAGUCAAUUCUUUGCAGACCCAACUUUAUUUAGUCUUCUUCGACAAUAUUAUUCGAUUGAUGGUGAUAAGAUACAAAACGGAUCAACUUCAGGUUCUAUUGCAUUACCUCCAUUAUCAAGGACAGAAGAAACUAACGGUAACGGGCUUCAGAACAAAAAUAUAGAUGAAGAUGUCAUAUGUCGUUCUCAAUCACCAGCAACUUCAAAGAAAAGAAAGGCGAUUUCUGAUGAAUGCAAUGGAAAAGAUGGACAAGAAUCGUCUUUGCGUGCUCAAAGCAAUAAACGGGUUAAACGCCGAUUUAAAAAGGACUCACAGAAUAAUUCUAGCAAUGUUGCAUCAUCUUCAUUUUCUGAAACUUCCAAUACAAUCGUUCCUGCAGUUUCAAUUUCUUCUAUCACUGCAAAGUCUCGUAAAGGGCUUGACCCAAGCGAAAGGCCUGAACUAUCUGCUAUGGAAAAUAGAUUUUGGGAGAUGGCGGCUUUAUUGGAUAGUUCACCUUUGGCUAGUUUAAAUUCAAAAUAUCGAGCUCCUGCACCUUCUAAGAAACGCUACGAUUUGAAUUAUGUUUCUUCAAUAACAAAUAAGAAAUCCGAUAAUGUUAAAAAGAUCGAUAUUAGUGGCGAUCCCGAAGUUGUCCUAUCCGUAGCAUUUUAUAAUCAGAGCAACCCUGUAAGCCGAACACAGGAAUUUUUGGUUCUCGGAAGUCAACCACUAACAGCACUUAGAGAUGCUUUUUAUUGCAUCAGUGACUUUUAUAAACAAGAAGCUUCUGAAUUAUCUGCAUCAAUAAAUGCUUUGAAUUCAUCUGAGGAGAAAAAAUCGGGUAGUUAUUUUUUCAUUGAAGACGUAGAGAUUAUCGAUUGGGUAAAUGAAAAUAAGCGCUAUACCCACCCAGGGCUCGGGUUAUAUCAGAGAAAAAAAAUGGAAGAGGUGACAUUUAGUGACCUCUCGAUAAGGUUAAAUAAGCCUUAUCUAUUUGUCCAUAAAGGAGAUUGUGAACAUGCCAUAGUGUUUGCAGAUUUGAGGUAUGGUACAUUUUAUAAAUUUUAA